AUGGCAGAAACAGCACAGGGUCCUUCCAAGAUAGUAGUGAAGUUAUAUCAAUUUUUCCAUAUAUCAACUGCUUUUCUAUAUUGUGCAUUGUUGAUCCGAUGGAUGGUGCUGAUACCCUUGACAUCUACCAGAUUUUUACCAGGAGGUAUACAUGAGUUUUUGUGCUAUCUAAUGAUUUAUUCGUCAAUUGGCAGCAUACUUUGGUGGGUAAAAUUUCAAGGACUAAACAAAAGAUUACUUAACAGACACAACCUAAAAAACAUUAAUCUUAUAUACUUUGUGGCGGUAAUGCACUUCUACGAUGAUUAUGAGCACUCACCCGUACUAAAAAAUAUUAGUUAUUCCACGUUCAUUGUUGGACUCUCUCUAACUCAAAUGUACCAUCAUUGGUGUAAGAUCUUUAAAACAAAGAAAACUAAUACAAAUUCAAGAUCAAUGAUUCAGAGGAUAAACCUAUACGUGGCCAUCCCAUUGUUGUACAUCAGUGAAUUCUACUUGUUGUUAUUAAAUACGGAAAUUGAUAACUAUCAUAAUGGUCCAAACGUAGUUUUGCUCAACAAGGCUGUGCUAGUUACUUUUAUUCCAUUGUGUAUGCAUUUAUAUAGAGGUUUACUUUUCUAA